AUGCCCCGUGAAGUUGUUGUCAUCCAGAUUGGACAAUGCGGAAACCAAAUCGGCGCGCAGUUCUGGGAGACGGUCCUUGAAGAGCAUGCGGCUGCAGUGGCUAAGCAGGCCGGUGUCGCACAGAACUGCAGCCAACGCGGCGACACCACCACUUGGGCUCCGCGGUUCGACGCUUCCAUGUCGACUUUCUUCCGCAAUGUCGACGCCAGGCACCACGACUGCCAAAACCUCGAGGGCGACCAGCCCCUGAAGACGCUGAAGGCUCGCGCGCUGUUGAUUGACAUGGAAGAGGGCGUCCUCAACGACCUUCGAAGAGGCGCCCUCGGUUCCCUCUUCGACGAAAGACUUCUCAUCUCCGACGUUUCUGGAGCCGGAAAUAACUGGGCGCACGGCUACUGCGUCUACGGACCUGCGCAUCGCGAGAGAAUCGCCGACGGCCUGCGUCGCUCUCUGGAACUCACGGAGUCUCCCCAAGGCUUCAUCCUUCUCCAUUCCCUCGGAGGUGGGACCGGCUCGGGUCUAGGCAGCUUUGUCGUGCAGAUGCUAGAAGAAGAGCUACCCGACCUUCCGCGUUUCUGCUGCUCAGUCGUGCCGUCUCCGAUUCACGUGGACGACGUGGUCACCGCGCCGUACAACAAUCUCCUUUCUCUCUUGCAUCUUCACCGCCACGCGUCCUGCGUCCUUCCAGUCUCCAAUGAUGCGCUCAGCACAAUGUGUGCGCGCAUGCACGAAAGCGAGGUCCGACAAGGGAAACACACGACCUAUGCAGUUUGCAGACUCGCGCCUCCAUAUCUCCCGUGA